UUGAUCAAUUAAAGAUCCAACAACAGAUUCCUUCUUUUCCAUUUACAGCUCUCUCUCUCUCUCUCUCUCUCUCUCACUUUUCGUCGAUCGAUCGAUCGAUCGAUCUUCAUCUCCAAAAUCAGUAUCCAUGGCGAGCCUAUGGCGAGCAGCGAUGGGCUCAACUCAAGCCAACGCCGACGAUUACGACGGAGUGGAGUUCUGGGGCACACCUGAACGCGCCGGAUGGCUUACCAAGCAAGGGGAGUACAUCAAGACUUGGCGCCGCCGCUGGUUCGUUCUGAAGCAAGGGAAACUCUUCUGGUUCAAGGAAUCGACGGUCACCCGGGCUUCCAAGCCGCGAGGCGUCAUCCCAGUGGCCAGUUGCCUCACAGUCAAGGGCGCCGAGGAUGUGCUUAAUCGGCAAUUCGCUUUUGAAUUGUCGACUCGGAAUGAUACCAUGUACUUCAUCGCCGAUUCGGAGAAGGAGAAGGAGGACUGGAUUAAUUCGAUUGGGCGAUCCAUUGUUCAGCACUCGAGGUCUGUUACUGAUAAUGAGAUCCUUGAUUAUGAUAGCAGGAAGUAAUUUGGUAAACGUUUGAAUAAUUAGCAGGGUUCAUUUCCUUUUUCUUUUUUUCUGGAAUUUUCUAUUUUGUGAAUUUUUAAGUUUUGAUGUGGGAACUUUUGCCUUUUCCAUAUGUCUGCUUGUGUAUAUGGCUGACUGAUGUAUUUUUCGUCCUUUUUCUUGUUCGUGGUUGGGCUUGGUGGGGGUUCAGGGCUUUGGGUAUGGUAGCAUGUAAUUUGGUCUUUAAACGUGAUAAAUGCAGUGAAUUUGCUUUCAAUAUGGAUAA